AUUUGACUCCAGAGAAAGUAGAGAUAGAAUCUUUGGUCAAGGGCCAAUUGCCAAACACAGCAUCAAUGUAUUGAUCCAACAUCCAACUGAAGCUAAGCCAUUUCUUAAACACUUAAUUUAGAUUUAGAAAGAUGAAAUUUAAUUUAAUCAAAAUUUUAUCAAUGAAAUCAGGAUACAGGCUUUGCCCUACGUUCUUGCAGUUAAUUUCUGAAUGAUGUACAAAAUGUAACGAAACUGCUAAAGGGUUUAAACUUAAAUAAUAACAAAUCUAAAUUGCAUCGAACAAUGGUUUACUUUAUUCAACGAUGACCGCUUCCGUUAGAAAAUGGUAAAGCUGAGAAGGGUCAUUCUACUUUUUCUAGAAAACAACGCUCGUUCGCGCUACGCUUCAUGCGCAACAAAAAAUAUUAAACCACGAACGAGAAACAACCAAUCAGCAAGAGUUUUACUUGCCGCAUCUGACCAAUCCGAACAUUCCAAGUGCCGCAUUUUACCAAAAGAAUUUUCCUUUUACGUUAAUUUCGAGAACCUUGUCACUUCACCACGGAACGGCAUCCUUGUUAGGCCUUUCUGCGCGAAGAUUUUCUAAAUUUCCUUUCGUUCCAAUUUCAUUCCAACUUAAUUAACCAAGAUGCGCGAAUGUAUCUCAAUCCACGUUGGACAAGCCGGAGUCCAGAUUGGCAAUGCCUGCUGGGAAUUGUACUGCUUGGAGCAUGGAAUCCAGCCUGAUGGUCAGAUGCCCAGUGACAAGUCGGUCGGAGGUGGAGAUGAUUCUUUCAACACCUUCUUCUCUGAAACUGGCUCUGGCAAACAUGUUCCUCGUGCUGUCUUUGUUGACUUGGAACCAACUGUAGUUGAUGAGGUUCGCACUGGUACUUACAGGCAACUGUUCCACCCUGAGCAACUCAUCACUGGCAAGGAAGAUGCUGCCAACAACUAUGCCCGUGGCCACUACACCAUUGGAAAGGAAAUUGUUGACCUUGUGCUGGAUCGCAUUCGCAAACUCUCUGACCAAUGUACUGGUCUUCAGGGAUUCCUCAUCUUCCAUUCGUUUGGUGGUGGCACUGGAUCCGGUUUCACCUCACUUUUGAUGGAACGUCUUUCUGUUGACUACGGCAAAAAAUCCAAGCUUGAAUUCGCCAUCUACCCCGCUCCCCAAGUUUCUACCGCUGUUGUCGAACCAUACAACUCCAUUUUGACCACCCAUACCACCCUUGAACAUUCCGACUGCGCUUUCAUGGUUGAUAACGAGGCUAUUUAUGACAUCUGCCGCCGCAACUUAGAUAUUGAACGCCCCACCUACACCAACUUGAACCGCUUGAUCGGCCAAAUCGUCUCAUCCAUUACGGCUUCCCUUCGCUUCGAUGGCGCUUUGAACGUCGAUUUGACUGAAUUCCAGACCAACUUGGUCCCCUAUCCUCGUAUCCACUUCCCUUUGGUCACUUACGCUCCCGUUAUCUCGGCUGAAAAGGCUUACCACGAGCAAUUGACCGUGGCCGAGAUCACCAACGCUUGCUUCGAACCGGCCAACCAGAUGGUCAAAUGCGAUCCUCGUCAUGGCAAGUACAUGGCCUGCUGCAUGUUGUACCGUGGUGAUGUCGUUCCCAAGGAUGUCAAUGCUGCCAUUGCAACCAUCAAGACUAAGCGUACCAUCCAAUUCGUUGACUGGUGUCCCACUGGUUUCAAGGUUGGUAUCAACUACCAGCCACCAACUGUCGUUCCAGGUGGUGAUUUGGCCAAGGUUUCACGUGCCGUGUGCAUGUUGUCCAACACGACUGCCAUUGCCGAAGCCUGGGCUCGUCUCGAUCAUAAAUUCGACUUGAUGUACGCCAAGCGUGCUUUCGUCCACUGGUACGUCGGUGAGGGUAUGGAGGAAGGCGAGUUCUCCGAGGCCCGUGAGGAUCUUGCUGCCCUCGAGAAGGACUACGAAGAGGUCGGCAUGGACUCUGUUGAAGGCGAAGGCGAGGGCAAUGACGAAUAUUAAAGAAUCUGGAUCCUGAUCUUUCUGCAUUCUGAAAUUUGCAUGCUUCUUAUACGAUUUGUUGUGCGAAUUUUACUUCACUGCUAAUAGCCUCUACUCCAUUAUUUGCCCAAGCUUUUCAAUACAGGCAUUUGAAAAUCUA